UUGUUUGCUUUUGUGUUUAAAUUUAAAAGAAAAGCUUUCCUUUUUUAGAAGCAAUUCUCUAAUGUUAAACGAUGCUGCAUCAUCAAAAAUUUCUUUAAUGGAAGAACCUCAAGUUUCUGUUGCUGUUAAUAAUAAUCUUUUGGAGCACAAGAAUGGUGGUGGAGACAAUCUUGUUGACUUCUAUAUUGGACUUGGAUUGGCUAUUAGUUCGAGUAUAUUUAUUGGUUCCUCCUUUAUCAUCAAAAAGAAAGCUUUAAUUAAAUUGGCUAGUGUAUCUGGUGAUUAUGCACAGAGGGCUUCUGAAGGGGGUUAUGGAUAUUUGAAGGAGUGGCUUUGGUUUGUUUUUUUUCUUUUUUUUUCAUUUGAAAGGUGUGUGUUGGGUAGAUAA